UUAUGACAAAAUUUUUACCCCUGAAUAAUCCAUCCACAUGGCUGAAGCACUGGGCGUCGCAGCAUCUGCCAUCAGCCUUUUGGCUGUGGUAGAGCAGAUUGUCCACAGCAUAAACAGACUACGAGAUUUACACACGUUUAUGAAAACAGCGCCAGAUGAACUCCAAAAUCUCAUUGAAGAUAUUGAAACUGUCCAGGAAAUUCUGUUGUCACUCAAGCCGGAAAUGCUCAAAUUCCUGAAUAUUUCAUCUGCAGAACGUCGUUUACUACGCUUCCAGAAAGAUCUGGACAUGCUCAUCUUGACGAUACAAAAAUACAUCAAAUCUGCAGUGAACAGAAUAGGGGCUCUGAAGCUUGCAUUGAACAAGGAGGCACUUGACAAGAAGAGACAGAAUCUUGAGAAUGUCAGGUCUACACUUCUCCUUGUUCAACAGGCUUACUGCAGUGCCUCUUUGUACGAGAUCCAUGCCAGGAUAUCUGCACCAGUUGCAGUAAAAGAGAAAAAGCCGAGGAACGAAGAAACCUCGAUGGGGUGGCCUUAUAAAAGGGAGUAUAAACACAGAUUGCAAUACAACAGUGGCUAUAGACGUGAGAUCCGUUUCAGGACGCCAUUAUGGUUUGUUGACAAGAUGUGGAGUAUCAGAGUCGACCGUUUCUAUUCAGGCUUCACCUUGAGCAUCCAAACCCAGAAUGUUAUACCACAAGGGUCGCCAAUAUUCAAGUACUGUGCCAAUGGAGAAGUUGAUAAAAUAAAAGAAACGUUUGCCAGCCGACUGGCGUCUCCUUUUGAUUGCGAUUUUGAAGGAAUAACUUUGCUCCAUGUGGCUGCAUCCAACCAGUACUGUGGUGAUGAGCUCUUCGAUGACGAUCCUGUCACACAAGCCUCGGGCUUUCAAGCACCCCCGGAAGUUCUCGCGAUGAUACAAGGUCAUUUCUUCGAGGACUACUCCAAGUUGCCUCUUGAGUUCCGCUUCAAACAGGCGACGUCUCUUCUACACACACCUUUCUCACAUCCCAAUGCAGACAUUAUUCGAGUUGCCAUGGGCGGUGGUUCCAUUGACCCCGCUGCCUACUCUCUGGAGAAUGAGGGCGAAACUCUGCUACAUAGGAUUGUACGUGGUUUGGCACUUGUUAUCAUACAAAAGCGGGCCAGCUAUAUUGCAGGAUGGCGCCGCCUCUUUGCAGAUGCGGUGGCAGCUGGUGCUGAUCUCUGCUACGUAUCAUCUCGUUUCAGCUUAACACCUUUAAUGCUAUUCUUGAGCUACUUUACACAGCCCUGGUGCAUACCAACGAAGAACUACGUCAAUACGAUUUUGGAAAUAUGGCUGUCGGAGCUAUUGCUGGCGGGCAUCGAUCUAGCCAUCUACGGAGCAAAUGAGAAAGCCCUGCACACAUCUGGCGCUGCUCGUACAAGUCUCUCCGUUUUUAAUAAUGGUGAUGAAAUAUGGUUUCGCCUAUUCUUGCUGAAAUAUGGAGCGAAGCUGGAAGAUUGGAAUAUACUGUCAACUGAUCCGGUGGACUCCUUGGUCGGCCAAUUUUGGGAGAUGGUGGAAAGAGCUGAAGAACGGAUGCCGGGUGCUUGGCUUUGA